AUGGCAACAUCAAGGCGACACGUGUGCCUUCUCUUGUGCCUCAUGCUCAUAGGUGCGAUGCAGGCCGACGCAAAGUACAUUGUGGUGGGGAAGGGCUACGGCUCGUUGUUCGGGCAGGUGUUCAGCCCGUGGACGUUCGGCGUGAGCAAUUGGAAGGCGCCCAAAGUCUACGCCGGCGACCAGCUUGGUCAGUCGCUGUAG